CUUCUCUAAGCGGCAAGCAGGAAGGCGCUCCACCUCACCGACUAUGGCGUCCCAGCAGUGGACUCAAUUUUUUUCUGAGGGUGGCAGCAGCAGCGACGGCUGAGAGGUAAACGCGCCGCCUCCUCCUUCCUCUUUUUUAAGCACAAGGAAGGACGUUCGCAUGUCGCAGAAAACUGGCGGACAUUGCGCACUCUUGACGGAACCCAGAGCCUGGCACGCAAGGAAAGCACAGUUAGGAGGCUUCUUACGUACCUGCCAGGAGUAACGAGACAUUAACGGGCUGUUUUGCUUGUUUGGACGCGACUGUUUUGCGGUGCCGAUGUUCGUCGACUGGGCACACAAGGACCAUGGAUAAGCAACAUCAGCCCGCCUGAAGUAACCCCACAACCCACCCGUCUCACUCGUUUGGCUGGACGAUUUUUAUUUUUUGAUCAAUCCAACCCAGGAGAUAAUCUUCACGUCCCCUCCUCCUCCUGCUGCUGAGGUUCCACCAUCAAGACGGCGUCAUCCCAGGGAGCCAGCACUGUGGCGGCGAAAAUGACCACGGCACGGUACCGUCCCACAUGGGAACUGGCCAUGGACCCCCUGGUCUCAUGUAAACUGUGCCUUGGAGAGUUCCCCCUGGAGCAGAUGACCACCAUCACACAGUGCCAAUGUGUCUUCUGUACACUGUGCCUGAAGCAGUAUGUGGAACUCUUGAUUAAAGAAGGCCUUGAAACUGCAAUUAGCUGUCCAGACUCUGCCUGCCCAAAAAGAGGGCUCUUGCAGGAAAAUGAGAUUGAGUGCAUGGUGGACACAGAGAUGAUGCAGAGAUACAAGAAGCUUCAGUUCGAAAGAGAGGUGCUGUUGGACCCUUGCCGGACGUGGUGUCCUUCCUCGACAUGCCAGGCUGUGUGCCAACUGAAGGAGGCCGAUUCUCCGCUGCUGCCCCAGCUGGUCCAGUGUGCCGUUUGCGCACUUGAAUUCUGUUCAACCUGCAAGACCAACUGGCACCCUGGUCAGGCCUGCUCUGAGAACAACCUUCCCAUUACCUCUUUCCUGCCAGGAGAGAACAGCUCUUUCUAUAAGAAUGACGAGGACGACGCACCGAUCAAGCGCUGUCCUAAAUGCAAAGUGUACAUCGAGAGAGACGAGGGUUGCGCACAGAUGAUGUGCAAGAACUGCAAGCACGCCUUCUGCUGGUACUGCCUGGAAUCCCUCGAUGACGACUUCCUCCUGAUCCACUAUGACAAAGGGCCUUGUCGAAACAAACUGGGCCACUCCAGGGCAUCUGUUAUUUGGCACAGAACACAGGUGGUGGGGAUCUUUGCUGGGUUUGGCCUACUCCUGCUGGUCGCCUCCCCCUUCCUCCUCCUGGCCACUCCCAUCAUCCUGUGCUGCAAGUGCAAGUGCAGUAAAGGCGACGACGACCCUUUGCCCACCUAAAUACCGCCGCCAAGAGCAGAUGAUGUGGAAAGCCGGCCAAAGGAUAGGCCCAUCUUCAUGUUGCCUCCCUUUCAUCUUAUUUUCACGCUGUUUUUGUUAUCCUCCUCCCACCAGCUUUGAGUGCUCCAUAUUUUUGGGCUGAGCCUGCACGAAGCCCAGGCUGCUUUGGAUCCAUCGCCCUGCAUGGUAGAUAAGCGAGCCCUGAAGAGACGGGUGCAGGGUCAAAGGUCCCCACGGGUCAGACUUGUCGUAAGUUGGUAGUUUGGGGGACCAAAUUGGCACCGCUUGAAGUCAUUGCUGUUGGUGGAACAUCACAAACGUUAUGAGAUACUGUCUGUCUUGUAUAGAUAAAGAACUGCUCUUGUCUUAUUGUACUGACCUGAAGCCGCCCUCCGCUUCCCACCACCACACCUGCUCUGUAGCUCCACAGGUUCAGUCCAGUAGCAUUAGAGGCGCACCACGCAUGUUCGGCGCUCACUCGAUUUGCACACAUCAAUAUGAUUUAUUUGUCAUGUUGGUGGCUGAGGUAGCGAGUACUACGCUCAGCUCAGUACAAUGCGUCCCCUUCAAUGAUGUCAUUGUUUUAUAACCUCGCGCUUUUAAUAGAAAUGAGUCGUGUCUGCUGUACGUACUGUCUUGUACUUUUAAGAAUUUCCAAACCUUUAAUGAAUGUGUGUUUUUCAAGGAGAUCGCCACUUCAAUGUGCACAUUUGUCAUUGUAGAGUUGCACUCCCCUUUAUCAAAUUCAGUGUCAACUCAAACUCCAAUCAGAGAGAGAUUUUUUGUUUUUGAUUCUAAAUCCAUGUUUCUCUCAGAGAUGUCGCUCCUUUAAUACACCGGGCCCCCAAGUGGUGGUUUAGCCAAAACAGAAACGGUAGCCUUAAGAUUGAGAAUAGCCAAAAGCAGCCAUUUCCCUCUGUGUGGUAAAUCCAAAUAUAUAAUCCCAGCGAAAAUGUGUACAAAGAUCUUUCAAAGUGUCAACCUUUGUGUUCUGCCGAUUAUAUGAUGUCAUUCAUAUGUAACUCUGUUAAUAGCCAUACUUGUGUGUGUGGAGGGGGGAGAAUCAAGAAUCAAUGUUCUGUAUUAACAAGGGCCUUCAGUUCAAGUCUUCAAGAGGAGGAGCGCUGAUUCCCAUCCGUUUAAACAUCACAGCACGCAAUCAGAUCUUCCACUCAUGGAGAUGUAAUAGCCCAAAUUGCAAACUUGCGCGUUAGUGGUCCGAGUGUUAAUGUUUUGUCUUGUUGGUAGUUAAACCUCCAGCAACAAGCAUCUACUCCCUAAACAGGAGCAACAGAAGAGCCUAUACAGUUAAUAUUAGCAAAUGUUCCAUUUUAGGGAACCUCGCUAUGAAGCUGCUCUGAUGUAUGACUUUAUCUAUGCAAGUUUGUACAUCCCCUUCAUUUAAAUCUGCGUCGAUUGGUCUCUGACAACGACAAAUACAGUACACCACUCCACAUGCAUUUGGCAUAUCAUUGCCUUUAUAUACAGGGAAUGGAUUUGAAUCACUGUAUUUCUCCCCAACUUUCAAGGGGAAAAAAAAAAAAAAGUAAAAGCUUGUGG